UUAGGCUCACACCACUUUCGGUGAUGUACAUAUCUACACGUGCACAUCCUGGUUGACACAGUUGAUUCGUUUGCUCAAGUGAUGGCACAUUUCCUACUCAUUCUGGUCACUCUGCUGGCUGCCACCCAAGACAAAGUUCAAGGAAAGAAAUGUUCUUCCUCUCACCGAAUCGCCGUUAUUCAAAGCCUGUAUGACUCGCAUCCAAAGUGUAGACGAAUGAAUAGCGACAGUGUCUCACAAGAGCAUAAAAUGGCUGUUAACACAAAAUGCAAUGCAGCAACAUGCUGUGAAGUUGUGAACAACGAAGUGACAAAAUGUCAUGUACAGUUUGGCGUUACCACGACGCUCAGGAUUGACUGCAAUUGUGCGAUUGCCAAUGUUGGGAGAUGCAAGAGACAAGCCAGACGUAUACAUAAAAGACUUCAAGAAAAGGAACUUAUUCGGAUGAAUAUUAACGUUCCAAAGGGACGACCAAAAUUGAAGUUCAUCAAUUCUACCAUUCAAGUGGAAGAACCAGUCUGUACCCCAGAUGCUUGUGAAAUGAUGAUCGGAGGAACCCAUGGAAACUUCGAGUCUCCAGUUUCGCAGUCCGAACAGCUAUGUCAAUACACAAUCUGCGUCAAUGACUCUUCUCACUACCAGCUGCUUGUCAUUGAUCAAGCAACUCUUCCAGUGGGAGAUGGCUUCUGUUUGACGCCCGUCACUGUGGCAACAGACAGAUGCAGCGAAGACAAAGCAGCAAUUUCAAACAGUUGUGAUCACAUUGAAACACCAUAUUUCGUUAUUAUCAACUCGAGCUGUAGUUGCACUCAGUUCACACAACCUACCAAGGGAAGAUUUGCUACAUUUGGUUCCACCGCACUCGGUUUCGUCGAAUUCAUGCUACGAUUACCUGAAACAAAAAAAGUCGCUAAGAACCUCAACCUUUGGCCAAAGCUGAUGACAGCACUUCGAGAUCCAUUCAGCGUAGAAGCUCUUUCGCUAGCCACCAAUCCGGAGCUGCAGCCACUCAUUGCAAAGAUCCCGCCAAAUAUUCUGUUUCAGCUGUUGGGAAAAUAGACACGUAAAGCACAGCGUGACAUGCAGCUAUCUGUAGAAACAUCAGAGUACACGAGUUCAAUCACACAUACGAUGAUUAGAUGCAAUUACAAUUUGACACUGCAAACUACA